AUGGCGGACCCUAGAGAUAAGGCGCUUCAGGACUACCGCAAGAAAUUGCUAGAGCACAAGGAGAUCGACGGCCGCCUCAAGGAGUUAAGGGAACAAUUAAAGGAACUUACCAAGCAGUAUGAAAAGCCUGAAAAUGAUCUGAAGGCCCUACAAAGUGUUGGUCAGAUUGUGGGUGAAGUACUUAAGCAAUUAACUGAAGAAAAAUUUAUUGUUAAAGCUACAAACGGACCAAGAUAUGUUGUGGGUUGUCGUCGACAGCUUGACAAAAGUAAGCUGAAGCCAGGAACAAGAGUUGCUUUGGAUAUGACUACACUAACUAUCAUGAGAUAUUUGCCAAGAGAGGUGGAUCCACUGGUUUACAACAUGUCUCAUGAGGACCCUGGGAAUGUUUCCUAUUCUGAGAUUGGAGGGCUAUCAGAACAGAUCCGGGAAUUAAGAGAGGUAAUAGAACUACCUCUUACAAACCCAGAAUUAUUCCAGCGUGUAGGAAUAAUACCUCCAAAAGGCUGUUUGUUAUAUGGACCACCAGGUACAGGAAAAACGCUCUUGGCACGAGCUGUUGCUAGCCAGCUAGACUGCAAUUUCUUAAAGGUUGUAUCUAGUUCUAUUGUAGACAAGUACAUUGGUGAAAGCGCUCGUUUGAUCAGAGAAAUGUUUAAUUAUGCCAGGGACCAUCAGCCAUGCAUCAUUUUUAUGGAUGAAAUAGAUGCUAUUGGUGGUCGUCGGUUUUCAGAGGGUACUUCAGCUGAUAGAGAGAUUCAGAGAACUUUAAUGGAGUUACUGAAUCAAAUGGAUGGAUUUGAUACUCUGCAUAGAGUUAAAAUGAUCAUGGCUACAAACAGACCAGAUACUCUGGAUCCUGCUUUACUGCGUCCUGGAAGAUUAGAUAGAAAAAUACAUAUUGAUUUACCAAAUGAACAAGCAAGAUUAGAUAUAUUGAAAAUACAUGCAGGUCCCAUUACAAAGCAUGGUGAAAUAGAUUAUGAAGCAAUUGUGAAGCUUUCAGAUGGCUUUAAUGGAGCAGACCUUAGAAAUGUUUGCACUGAAGCAGGUAUGUUUGCAAUUCGUGCUGAUCAUGAUUUUGUAGUACAGGAAGACUUCAUGAAAGCAGUCAGAAAAGUGGCUGAUUCUAAGAAGCUAGAGUCUAAAUUGGACUACAAACCUGUGUAAUUUUACUGUAAGGUUUUUGAUGGCUGCAUGACAGACAUUUGCUUAAUGUAAAAAUAAAGUUAAGGAAAAU